AUGACCGCAGUAGCCAGCCCUCCGACCUUCCCUCAGAUUUCUCGACCAGCAUGGGGCGCUAUUAGCGGCAGCAACCCGAUGGACCCCGACGAAGUGAGAGGCAUGUUCGCACCGCGGAAGUCUCUCUCGAGGACAAACUCUGCUUCAUCAUUGUCCUCCAACGCAUCAAACACAUCUGUUGCCACAAAUGGUUCACAGUCAAAUGGCACUUCGCUGUCCGCUGCUUCCGAUCUGAGUCAGUGGUCUGCAACAGCCGGUCCUCGAAAGCGACCGCAACCGAAGGCGUGGCCACCUAGCAAACCCGACGUACAACCGGACUACUCGAGACUUCCCGCCAGCCGACCCAACAGCAUGGCUGCACAUCACAAUGGAAUUCAGCCGGGAUCAGGCCAAAGUCAAUUGAUGCAGCAGCAACAGAUGAUGCGCGGCCCGAUCGGCGCGGAGCAAUACCCCCCGGGCCAACCAGUCCUUUAUCUCCUGUCACUGAACGGCACAUUCGAGAGAAAAACCAUAGCUGUUCCCUUUGCACCGGACACCUUAAGAAUUGGCCGGCAGACAAAUCAAAAAACUAUCCCUACUUCUACCAAUGGCUUUUUCGACAGCAAGGUUCUAUCAAGACAGCAUGCUGAAAUAUACGCGGAGCGAAAUGGCAAGAUAUACAUUCGAGACGUCAAAUCCUCAAACGGUACUUUUGUGAACGGCACGCGGCUGUCACAGGAGAAUCGCGAAUCAGAGCCCCAUGAACUCCAGACGGCCGAUCAUUUGGAGCUAGGCAUUGAUAUCGUGAGCGAGGAUCAAAAGACGGUGGUACAUCACAAAGUUGCUGCAAAGGUCGAGCAUGCCGGAUUCUUGAGCAAUACUAACAAUGUCUUGGACAUGAACUUUGGCGACUUGGACCCGGCCAACGGCACAAUGAUGAUUCCUAAUGGGCCUCUUCAGAUGCGCGGUCGAGCAAACGUCAACGCCCUGAUGCCUAACACGGGUGGUCGAAUGUUGAAUAACGGCGGCAUGAACAAUCAAGGAAACGGAAUGGUUCCGCAACGAACCUUCUUCCCGGCGCCGAUUGCAACGGAUCAAAUAUUGAAACGACUAACGCUUACUAUUCUUGAAAAGGCCGAAGUGAGAAAUGCUCAGCUGCAGGGCCAGGACCUCAGCCGAACCAACCAAUUCGUGAAGACUCUGCUCACGAAAGACGAUGUUAAGGACCUGGAGAAACCCGAAGCGCCCGAACCGGCCAAGCAGCAGCAGCAGCCGCAACCUCCAGUGAAUGGCGGCAUUCUUUUCCGGCCUGAUGCCAAGACUCGCUUCUCGGAACCGCCCGCACCUCCACCACAGCAGCCACUACCUGAGAAGCCAGAUGUACCCUCAUUGAAACGAGGGCCAACCGAGAGACCAAAGCCUGGUCCUCCAAACUCCGCCGUGGUGCGACAGGAGAACUUGAAUCAGAUUAUACAGCUCACAGAGGCAUUGAACAAUGCAAAGCGAGACAUGGAUACCCAAAUAGCGCGGAUGCGAGAACUAGAGGAGAUGCUCCAGAAAGAAAGAGAGGCUCGCGAGCUUGCCGAGGAUCUCGCGAAUCGGCUCGAGGCGUCUGCAAAUUCACAGUUGAACGGUUUCGUCGUAGCCCCUACUGAUGUGGCCGUGACGGAUGUUUCCGAGGCGGCUCAAGAUCAGGUUACCGAGAAAUCAGAGGAUCCACCGCCGAUCCCGGAAGAAUCAGAGUCACGAAAGGACGAGACGGCCGUCAGUGAGGUGGUAGCUUCUCUGCAGUCUCGAAUUGACAACAUGGACGAGCAGAUGAAAGAUAUGCGAGGGCAGGUCGAGCAGUGGAAGCAUCGAUGCGAGUCCGCCGAGUCUGAGAGGGAUGAGAGCCGAAAAUCACUGGCCGAGAUGGUCUGCCAGCUCCGUGCAGAGGAAGCCAAGCGCUCUGCUGCCGAGGAGAGACGCCGCUCGAGAUCAAAAUCAAGGGUAGUCGAGUCCAGGGCAGAUGUGACGGAGCAGACAUCUCCGGUUAGGACGCGUGGGAGUCCAGAAACCCCCGACCAGGUGAAUUGUCCUACCGAUACACACAAGGCAGACAUGGAGGAUGGACCAGCCCUGUCAAGAGCAAACACAAUCACACCACUGUCUUCACAAAGAGUACUUGCAUCACGGGACCAGUCAUUACAGGCCGGGUUGCCAUAUGCGUCUAUGAUAGGUGUGGUGCUGAUUGGGAUGGGUUUGAUGGCGUACAUUAACGGCUGGCAGUCUCCGCCUCCAAGGAUAGAGCGAUGA